GCUACUAUAUGCCGUGCUCUGAAAUUCGAGCUUGGUUUAACGCGCAAGGCCACGACGAAGAGAGCGAAAGAAAACGUCCCCGCCGAAAUCGGUGCUUACUAUUAUGCAAGGAGUUGGCGCCAUUCUAUCGGGGAUCUUAUCGGUUUGUUUUCUUGCAGCGACAACCGAUUUAUUCUUGCAGUGGCAACCGCUCCGUUCUUGCUCUGCGUUGUGUUUGGUACUGGCCGUUGA